UUCAUCAAUCACGAACGACUUGGUUUAACCAGCUUCUUCUUACCACUUUGUAAGCAGCGUAUCGUCAAGUGGUGCGCACAUUCAGGUCGUCGGGCCUAGCUUAACGCCAGAGUUACCAAACGUAGUUACCGAAUAGUUUUAGUGAUUGGCGUGGAAAAAGUGUGAGAAAAUGAGAUUAUUUAAAGUUUUGGCUAGCACUGCUGUGCUAUGCUGUUUCGUGCAAUGCGGACUUGCUGGGGCGUUAGCUAAACGUGAAGCUCCAUUGCCAGCUGGGUAUCCAUCUGGACGUCCACAGAAUUCAUACCUACCUCCAAAUGCUGGUGGAGGAGGUGGAGGUGGAGGUGGUGCUCCACCAAGUCAGAAUUAUGGUGCGCCAAGCGGUGGAUUUGGUGGUAGCGGUGGAUUUGGAGGUGCUGCUCCUUCGCAGAGUUAUGGUGCUCCAGCCCAAGGUGGAACUGGUGGUGGUUUUGGCGGCGGAGCUCCAUCUCAGAGUUAUGGUGCUCCUGCUCAAGGUGGAUUCGGUGGUGGUAAUACAGGUUUCGGCGGCGGUGCUCCAUCUCAAUCGUAUGGAGCUCCUCAACAGCAGCCUUCUUCUAAUUAUGGUGCUCCAGCCCAAACUCCAUCUAGUAACUAUGGUGCCCCAGCUCAGACACCUUCGUCCAACUAUGGUGCUCCAUCAACUGGUGGACAAGGUGGUUUUGGUGGUGGACAAGGAGGUUAUUCCGGUGGUCGUCCAUCUCAAUCUUACGGUGCACCCGCACAGCAACCAUCUGGAAACUACGGUGCCCCUGCACAAACCCCAAGCAGUAACUACGGUGCCCCGGCUCAAGGUAGUCAGAGUGGAUAUUCUGGUGGACGUGGUAAUGGUGGUGGAUUUGGUGGUGCUGCUCCAUCUCAAAGCUAUGGUGCUCCUUCUACUGGAGGUUUUGGGGGUAAUGGUGGUUCUCGCCCUGGUGGAAAUUAUCUUCCUCCUUCGACUAGCUAUGGUACCCCAGCUGCUCCGGUUAGACCACCACCACCAGCACAACGCCCGGCUCAAAACUACGGCGCUCCUGCACAACAACCGUCAGGUAACUACGGUGCUCCCGCUCAAACUCCAUCAGGAAGUUACGGUGCUCCAUCUCAGGGAGCCCAACGUCCAUCCCAAUCGUACGGUGCCCCAAGCCAGGGUGGAAAUGGUGGAUUCGGAGGCAGGCCCAGCCAGUCCUACGGUGCUCCAUCCAACGGAGGCGGACAACGCCCAAGCCAAUCAUACGGAGCUCCUUCUAAUGGAGGUGGUCAACGCCCGUCUCAAUCAUACGGUGCCCCAGCCCAGGGUGGUGGAUUUGGUGGUGGUGCCCCAUCUCAAAGCUAUGGUGCCCCAGCUCAGACUCCUUCAAGCAGCUACGGUGCCCCUCAAGGUGGUUCAACUGCUGUAGCUCCACGACCAAGCCAGUCUUAUGGUGCCCCCAGCGGUCCAGCUCAGCGCCCAUCGCAGCAAUAUGGUGCUCCCUCUCAAGGUGGAGUUGGUGGUGGUAAUGGCGGCAGCGGAGGUUAUUCCGGCGGUGCACCUUCUCAGUCUUACGGCGCUCCAUCCGCUCCAGCUCAACGCCCUAACCAACAAUAUGGCGCUCCAGCUCAACGACCAUCACAAUCAUACGGAGCACCAUCAGCUGGUGGUAAUGGCGGUGGAUACUCUCAACAACGUCCAAGCGCUCCUGCCCCACGCCCAUCUCAGCAAUAUGGUGCUCCAUCCCAGGGAGGUAGCGGUGGUGGAUACUCCCAAGGUGGUGCCGGUGGUUAUUCCCAGGGUGGAUCUAACGGUUACUCUUCCGGCCCAGCCCAGCGUCCAUCACAACAAUAUGGCGCGCCAUCUGGUGGACAGGGUGGUUUCGGAGGUGCGGCACCUUCUCAGUCUUACGGAGCGCCUAGUCAAUCAUACGGUGCGCCAUCAGCGGGUGGUAGCGGAGGUAGCGGCGGUGGUUUCGGUGGUGCCCCAUCUCAAAGCUACGGCGCACCUGCGCAAGGCGGUCAACAGCAAUAUGCCAGCAAUGGAGGAUACUCCUACUAAAUCUUGCUCACCAUAUCGCAGAAAAAUCAAGAAACGAUCGAAAUACGGGAACGAAAGAAGAAAAAUGUAAAUAUGUUCAUAGCGCGUUACCAUGGCAACCUACAAGUCGGUAAUUCUAUCAAAACGGAUCUUUCAUUUCUUAUUUUAUUGUAAUUCUGCCACAACCCGCAGCGAUACGAUACAAUUUAUGCAUAAUGAAUUAUUUAUUUAUUUUGUACAAUAAACGAUGAAUUUUAAAAAAUACAAAAAAAUAUAUCUAUAAGUUUUUAAUACGUAAUAUUAAUAUUGAAAUAAAAUAAUAUUUAAAACAAA